GGAUAGUGUAUCAGAGGAGGGGUUUUCGAAGGUGUUGCUUUGUCAAGGUCACUGAACUGUUGGCAUAAGUCUCCGUGAUGUCAGAACAUUUCUCAAGCAAAUCUCAGUCCACCUCACCAAGACCUCCAGGAAGUGUGAAAAGAGGACCUGUUGAGGCAAGCAUUCUUGAUUACGUGUUGUCUGUGCAUGCACCAAGCUGCAAGAAUCGCGCUUCGCUGAUAGCGUUAUUAAUUCAUUCAGAGCUCUUGUCACGUGGUGCAAGACCUACAGAAGCCAACAUGUCUUCAGCAGUUCUUAGUUCGUCGUGUUUAGAAGAAGAUCCUGUUAGAAUUUCUUAUACGUUAAUAUCCCGUCCGAAAUCAGAUGCGUUAUCUACUCCAUGUGGCCAACUCCAAGUCUCUGUGACGGAAACGGAUAUGCACGUCUUCGUUAACAUAACAGAUACAACCACAGAUAAAUUCGGACAUUUAGAGCUCUCAGGAAUUGAGCACGUCUGUCUUGAUUGUGUAAAUAAUUCCUCAUACAAAGACGCCAAUGCAGUUUUUCCUCAACUCAACGAACUAUUGGAAAGCAUCGAAGAAAAUUUAUGGAAACCAGUUCUCCCAUCUCCUCCUCUUUGUCGUUCAAAUGAAACCGAUAGCCGAAGAGACAAAAAAGAACCUCGUCCAAACAAUGAGGAUUUCCAUUCUCAACCACAAAGACCGUUUCCUGGCAGUUAUUCUGAGACAAGACCGUCAGCUGGCAAUCCUUUCGCAGAUUAUGGCAGAAGUGAUCUGGAUCCUUUAUCCAGCAUUGGAGGCCCAUCAGGUGGUGGUGGGAUGAUUCUCGAUCCAAGACGUAUGAUACCAGACGGUCGAAUUGGCGGUGGGUCAUUUUUUGGUGGGCCUGAUGUUUUACCGCCUGGAGCAGUUCCUCCAGGUGCUAGAUUUGAUCCCUUCGGACCUGGUGUAGUACCUUCUAGGCCACAUCUAGGUGGUGGGCGCCACCGUAUGCCAGAUCCUGAUCAUGCUCUACCACCUGGAUUCGAUGAUGCCUACAUAUAGGCUUUAAAUAAAACACUUUCACUUAACUUUAUUUCUUCAAUCUGAUUCAAACGUCUUGAAAAUGAUUUCAUUUUGUCCUUUCUGUAUAAUUUUAUUUUACAAUUGUCAGAAUGUAUAUUCCAUUCUAUACCAAUUACCAGAAAUCUAUUGAAACUUUUCAGUUGAUUUGUUUGUUUUUCUUAAUAAGACAAUAUAUAUUU